AUGUCUUCAGGUGGAGCUAGUGGGACAAAUUUUCAAGGGACAGGAGGAGCUGCAAGAGACGAUGCAGCGUAUCACGGAGCACUAUCUUCAGAGGCGCGCCUGGGGUUAGAGUCGCCCGAAACAGGGAAUAAAGCAGGCCGAGGCAACCAACAAGAUCAACAGGCGUCGAAAGAGGUGAACAUAGGAGCAGCGACUACAGGAACUGCAGCAGCCAGUUCUAGUAUUAAUAUCGUCGGGGGAACCCAUCUCCAACAAGGUAGUAUGUCGACGCCGCCUACAACAGGUAGCGCCGGGCAGAGUGCCGUGUUUUACUUGGAUCGUUUGCUGAAGGAAGUGGUCGCUGCGCAACUGGUUUUAGAGACUGAGGCACUGCUGUUAGACGACGAGAUAGAGGAACAUCGUCUUUUUUGGAGGUUACGGUCAGUUCUUCUUGGUAUCAUUCAGAGCAAUACUGUUUCUGUAGUUUCUCGACGUAAGCUGAGAAGCAUUGGGGCCGGACAAGGAGUUUACGAUGAAGGAGGACUCCUGACGCCGGCAAAUUUGGUCUUCAGGAAUAGUCAGACAGUAGAUUUUCAUGCGCUCAGAUCUGGCAGUGGAGGGACAGAACAAGG